AUGCUUAGAAUAGGUGAAGAACCAUGCCCUUCUGAAUCCUCUAGCCUAACAGCUACCUUAGAAGGAGUUGCACACAACACGGUUAAUGAAGCUGUCAAAGAACCUGAAACCGAAUCAAGCAUUGGUGUUUCGCUUGAUUUGAAGCUUUCUUUGAAUGAAGAUUCGCGUUCGUUAUGCGAAUCAGAGAUUGAACUCAAUCUUUUCACCCCUACGAACCCUACUUCGUCUCACACAAAUGAGUCUGGUGUCAAUGAGACUUCACAAGAAAGGCGAUCUAAUACAAACAAGGUUUUCUCAUGCAACUUUUGCAAGAGAGAAUUUUCUAAUUCUCAAGCCUUAGGGGGACAUCAAAAUGCUCACAAACAAGAACGUGCAUUAGCCAAAAGGCGUAAAGAGAUCGAUGUGAAUGGUUUUGUCCCUCCACACUUUCCCAAUUACCCUUAUCCAAGAAUUUAUUCACACCCUUUUUAUGGAUCUUUGAAUAGAUCACCCCUUGGGGUUAGACUAGAGUCCAUGAUCCAUAAACCUUCGUAUCCAUGGACAUGGUCCAGCAGAUAUCAUCUUGGUCAUGGUUGGUCUAGGCAAGUCAUGAUGAACCCUCCUCAUCUACCAAGUGCUAAUCAAAAUCUAAGCAUCAACAAUGGUGGAUUUAGAAUCCCAGGGCCUUCAAACUCUUCAAGAAUUGUGGAAACUGGUGAUAUUUCUCAACCGAAUGUUGCAGUAAAUAGGCCAGUAGCUAGUGAUUAUCUUCAACCAAGCAAUCCUCCAGGAAGUGAUGAUCACAAGGAUGCGUCAGAAGUUGAUUUGUCCCUUAAGCUUUAA